ACACAUACCAAUGCAGAAACCACACCACCAACACAUACCAAUACAGAAACCACACCACCAACACAUACCAAUGCAGAAACCACACCACCAACACAUACCAAUGCAGAAACCACACCACCAACACAUACCAAUGCAGAAACCACACCACCAACACAUACCAACGUAGAAACCACACCACCAACACAUACCAACGCAGAAACCACACCACCAUAUCAAUGCAGAAACAACACCACCAACACAUACAAACGCAGAAAACACACCACCAACACAUACUAACGCAGAAACCACACCACCAACACAUAUAUCAAUGCAGAAACCACACCACCAACACAUACCAAUGCAGAAACCACACCACCAACACAUACCAAUGCAGAAACCACACCACCAACACAUACCAAUGCAGAAACCACACCACCAACACAGAAACCACACCACCAACACAGAAACCACACCAUCACUUGUUGAUAGUUUACAUCUGGAGUUAGAAACCUCAGUGGAUGACGAUAUAGUGUAUGUUUGAUGACUUUGUUGGUACACCUGGACCCAAUCUACUAGAUGGAUUUGACAGGGGUAAUGCCAGGCCCAUAGAUUACUUCUGGCUGAUGUUUCCUGCCAACUUGAUAACGAAGCUGGUACAGUAUACCAACUCCUAUGCAGUGUGGAAGAUGGUACAAAAUGGUGCUGUGGACGACAAGUGGGAGGAAGUUACUGAGCCAGAAAUGAAAGCCUAUCUCGGAAUAAAUAUUCUUAUGGGAAUCAAAGAACUGCCUGAAGUUGAAAUGUACUGGUCUACUGAUCCAUUCAUUGGCAACACUGGGAUACAGCAAGUCAUGACAUGUAACCGAUUUCAUAAGAUAACUCUGUACUUUCAUGCUUCAAAUCCGGAUACCAAGCCACGAGGUACACCAGCUUAUGAUAGACUGUAUAAGGUUCAUGAGAUUAUUAGUGCAGUGUCUGACGCCUUUUUCAGAGAAUAUCCGUUGUGUCGUGAGGUUUCAGUUGAUGAAGCCAUGAUAAAGUUUUCUGGUAGACUAUCUUUCCGUCAAUAUAUGCCAGUGAACCCUAUAAAACGGGGCAUGAAGGCAUGGAUGCUUUGCGACACGAAAUCUGCUUACCUGUUGAAGGACGUGUACCUUGGUCGUCAAGAUACCCAUACAGCGCAUGGUCUUGGAUUUAACACCUCAAGAAACCAGGAGAUGUGCGCAACAGAGCAGACUUCAAGAUUCUACAGUAUGGGAACACUAACAUCACUGCAUCUGUUUGGAAAGACAAGAAACUGGUGUACCAUAUCUCGAGGUUUGAGUGAUCCAAGCGAUGUUAGAGAUGCACAGAGAAGACAAACAUGGAAGGUAAUAGACAUUUGUGAUACACAGACAAACGUGGAAGGAAAGAGACUAUUGUUAGAUACAAGCAAACAUGGAAGGUUAGAGACAAUUGUUAAGCACAGACAAACAUGGGAGAGGAGGUUUAUGUACUUGACGGAGAGAGAAGGUAGGGAGAGGGAGAACGCUAGUUUCUGGCCAGAAUUGAAAAAGUUUUGGAAGUCAGUUGAGGAGAAGCAGACAGAGAAGUGGAGGGGGAUGGAGGAGAGUGACAGUCGGAGGGUUGCACGAGCACGUGCAGCCCUCCGAGACAGGGAGACUUGA